GGCUCUAGAAGGGUUUUUCCAGGAGGACGAACAGGAUGCCCUUCACCUCAAGAACAACAUCCCUCCGCACAUGCCCAAAAGAGGCCAACAAGCAUCUCUGCAAGGAGGAGGACAGGUGGCAGUUCAGAGCAGGCAGGCAGAUGCGCCACCCGCCCCUCAGGAACAGGGUCCACCCAGGAAACCUCAGCGUAACCAGAUCAAAGAGAUGGAGUUCAUUACCGUCCCAGAGUUUGACAGCAUACCACCGUACAUGAAAGGCCGUGUGACGUAUGACCAGCUGAACGCAGCGGUGCAUGUGAAGAUGAAUCCGACUCGUCAACUUUACCCUGCAUUUCUCACCCAAAACUCAACCAAGCAUGAAAAGUUACAUAUCAACUAA